AAAUUGCCAAAAAGGAACGAAAUAAUUUGUAUGAAGAUAUAGAAGAUGCAAUUCAUGAAGAACUUACUAACUAUUUUUUAGUUAUUUUAGAAGAACUUCUUCUCAAGAAAAAUCAGGAAACAAAUGCGAUUGAUGACUUG